UCAUAGUCAGGGCAGAAGGAAUGCGGUUGACUAUAGAAACAAUUUUAAAAAACAAUACAAGUAUAACAAAGACCACAAAGAGAGUAGCUCUAACAAGAGACAAACAAAAUUUAAUUCUUCCUUUCGUUCCAAAAAUUAUGAAAGGGAGAAAAGCAAUAAGUGAUACAGCGUUCAGAGGUGGCCAGUUGCAAAGUUACCGAGCGAGCUGGGAAAAGCUGGGAGCAAACUCAUUUAUUUUAAAAACGAUUUCGGGAACAAGAAUAUCAUUUUGCAAAAGACCUCCUUUAACUUUCCCAUCACCAGCAACCCAGCACAAAUUUGCAACAGCGUGUUCACCAGAGAUGGACACACAAAUACAAGAGAUGAAAAAAUUGAACAUUUUAGAAACGCCACCAGGGGUGGGUCCAAGUUUCAUUUCGAAAAUGUUUUUAAUAAAAAAAUCAGAUGGGGGCGUUCGUCCUAUCUUCGACCUGAGAGCCCUAAAUGCAUACGUGAAUGUAAAAACAUUCAAGCUAGUUUCUCAUUCCACGAUCCCAGAAUUCUUACAGCCAGGAGACUGGAUGGUAAAGUUAGAUAUUUCCCAAGCUUACUUCCAUGUGCCGAUAGCAGAGACCCAUCGGCGUUUUCUAAGAAUGGUUUACAGGGAAGAGCUGCUGCAACUGACUUGUCUGCCAUUUGGCCUAGCUUCAGCUCCCAGACUGUUUUCAGCUCUCACAUGUUGGAUCGCGGAGAUUCUUCGCAAACAAGGUAUGCGAGUCCUGGUAUAUUUGGACGAUUUCCUUUUGGUAAAUCUGAACCCUUCCAAACUAGAAGAACAGGUUACGGAAGCCGUUCGAGUUCUAGAACAAUUGGGUUGGAAGAUAAACUACAAAAAAUCAGUAUUGGUUCCAGACCAAAGGCUGGAAUACUUGGGCGUGGUUUGGGAUACUUGCAAAAAUAUUAUGUCUCUGCCGGACGAGAAGGUCAACAAAAUUCGAUUAUCCCUUCAGACAAUGUUGCAGCUAGGUUCCUGCACUCUUCAUCGUUUGCAACAAGUUUUAGGCCAGUUAAAUUUCGCCAGCUUUGUUGUACCCAGAGGUCGACUCCACUCUCGAUAUCUUCAGAUUUUCUCGAGGCAAUACAACAUAAGGCCGAGACAAAAACUCACCAUCCCUCGGAGGGCUUUGGAAGAGUUAGAUUGGUGGCUCGGAGCCCUACCGAAAUUCGAAAUUCUGCACAAGAUAGACGUGACCCAUUUUCUGGCAACGGAUGCUUCGGAUAUAGGUUGGGGUGCUCAGCUGAACGAGAAGUUCCUAUCAGGCCAGUGGUCAAAAGUUCAAAAGCGAUGGCAUUGCAAUUUAAAAGAAAUGUACGCUGUUCUGAUGGCGAUAAAGAGACAGGAAACUCUUUUGAAGAAUGCACACAUACUUCUCCAAUCGGACAAUCGAACUUUGGUUGCGUACAUACGCAAGGAGGGAGGAACAAGGUCAGUAAACCUACUAAGCUUGACGUACCAACUUCUCCAACUAACCGAUCAGCUCAAUAUAACUCUAUCGGCAUUUUACCUUCCGGGAAGGUACAACGGAAUAGCCGACAGGUUGUCAAGGGGCCGUCCAAUACCAGAAUGGCAUCUUCUCCCUCAGGGAACUGCGGAAGUUUUCAAAAAGUGGGGGUGCCCAGAGAUAGAUCUAUUUGCUUCCAAAAGAUCUGCGAUUCUUCCCAACUAUGUGUCUAUAGACAGCAGAGACCAGGCUGCAAAAUACAUAAAUGCUUUCAGCCAAGUUUGGGAUCACGGUCUAGCGUGGAUCUUUCCACCACCCAACCUAAUGCCAAGAGUACUAGCCCACCUAAACAAGUCUCGGGGCACUUAUCUAAUAGUAUCUCCAGAAUGGGACCAGGUUUUUUGGAUGAGCGAUCUCAAGGCUCGGGCGCUGGAACCACCCUUAGUUAUUCCGAACCUACGGGAGGUCCUGGUGGACGUGACAACGGGGCAGCCUCCCCCUCAGGUAGAAAAUUUGAUCCUGAAAGUAUGGAUAGUUGGGGCUGGAGCAGCCAGAUUAUAAAUUGGUCUACGGAGGAAAAAAAUUUGUUAAAAAGAGGAUGGAGACAGUCUACACUGAAAACAUAUUCGCCUGCUAUAAAAAAAUGGCUUACUUGGUGCGAGAAAAAUAACAUCAAUCCUAAAUCGCCUACUGGUUCUUGUUUGGCGAGGUAUUUGGCCAGUCUUUUCAUAGAAGACAAAUAUGCUUCUAGUACUAUUCUCGUUCACAAGUCAGCGAUUUCAACUUUUUGUGAUCCAAUGUUAGCUGAGAGUCUACCGACAAACUUUUUUGUGCGGCGUAUUUUGAGGGCUAUUGGUUCGGCUCAACCAUCAUCUGAAAGGCCGUCCAUAUGGGAUCCAAGAAGUGUGUUCAAUUGGUUAGCAUCAGAGAACGAGACUAUAAAAGAUUCGUUAUUCGAAGCCUCGAGAAGAACUGCUUCUAUAUUACUUUUAGCGUCUGGCAGAAGAGUUCAUGAUCUCACACUUUUAAAACUCUCAAGCGAAUGUUAUAAGGAAGAAGAAGAGAGUAUAAUUUUCCAUCCUUCAUUUGGGUCAAAGACAGAUUCAGCAAAGCACAGGCAGUCAAGUUGGCUGUUAUUGUGUCAUGAGAAUAAGAAAGUCUGUCCUGUUUACUGGGUAAAACAGCUGAUAAGACUUUCUCAACCAAGGAGAGUUCUGGGCAACAAUUUAGAUAGCCUGUUCAUAACUGUUAAUGGAGCAGUAAAACCGGCAUCGAGAACUGUAAUUGGAACCUGGAUUCGAACCAUUUUAAGAGAUGCGGGCGUAGGAGCAACACCUGGAAGCUUUAGGGCAGCGGUGGCAUCAUUAGGUUGGCUUGAAAAGCAACCAAUAGACGACAUAUUGGCAAGAGGCAACUGGAAAACUGAAAAUACAUUUCGAAAACAUUACUGCAAAGAGAUUAAUUCAGAUGUUGUUAGGGGUUCACCUUUUCUUUUCAAAAACUUUAAGCCUAUAUAAAUUAAAAUAUUUUUGAUAACAGUCUCGAAGACUUCUAAGUUUAAGAAUUAUGUAAAUGAAUUUCUUUAUUUGAUAAAUUGAAAAAUAAAAACAUUAAGUAAUAAUAAUAAAAUAAAAGAUCAUCAUAGCGUUGUAAAUAGACACCAACACCAGCAGAUAACAGACAGGUCUUCAACAACGACGCUGUGUGUUUUCGAUAGGUAAAUAAUAUGACGGUUUUACACUAAAAUAAAACCGAUAUUAUUUGCCGCAAAACACACAGCGUCGUAGCAAGUUCCUUGCUGGUGAAGACACUAUGAAGAAAUAUACAAAAUGGCGCAGCUGGUGAUAUUGGUUUAUGUAAGGGCUCCCCCUAUACGAGAGAAAAUGUAACGAAAAGUGACAGGUAUGUACAGAUUUAAGGCCGAGUAUGCAACUGCUUCUUCAACAACGACGCUGUGUGUUUUGCGGCAAAUAAUAUCGGUUUUAUUUUAGUGUAAAACCGUCAUAUUAUGG